AUGUACGUCCCGCUGGACGUUGUGCCAGAGAUUGAGCGACGUCAAGCCAUUCGGCGGCAGUUUGUGCUGAAAUUGGAGCUGGCGUUCGCGAUGGUGAUGACGACCCAUGCCUCGGGGAACGAUCGCCGGCGCAGCUGCAUCGCCACCAAGCGCCCCGAGCUCGACAACGCCGUCACGAAUGCACUCAAGCUCAUGCAGCUCGCCGACGAGUGUGCGCUGGAAGAGUACGUCGCUACCACACUCGACCCGACGAUGCGGGCGUUCCUGCACCCGUACCUCGACCAGUUUCAAGACGAUGCCCCGUCGGUGCCCCGGUGGCGCCGCUGGCCAUUUUGAUGACAGCGACUCUCAUCAUGCCACGCAGGCGACGGCAUGAGCAUCGGGAAAUAUACUCAAAAACGAGUUGUUGCGUUUGCUGUUGC